UCUAAACGCAUGCCUUCCAUCAAGAGGGUGGCCAUCAUCGGCGCCGGUCCAUCCGGCGCAAUAGCGCUCGACGCACUCGCCAAAGAGCAGGCGUUUGAUGUCAUUCGAGUGUUUGAGCGCAGAGAAGGCCCUGGAGGAUGCUGGAUCGGGGACUCGGUGGAACCUCCGCACCUCUCUGAUUUUAAGCGCCUCGCGGACCGGACGGCAGACCCUCCGGUUCCGAUCCCGGAGCACAUCCCAGCAUCCGGCGUCGCGGCCCCUGCGCAGCCGCGCUUCGCCGACUCGUCCAUCUACCCGUACCUGGAGACAAACGUCCAGGACCUGUCCAUGCAGUUCUCGCGGGAGCCGAUCCCGGCCGACAGGACCGAGCUGUCCGUCUCGCUCUACGGCCCGUCCACGCCGUUUCGUCAUUGGGAGGUGCUGAGACGCUAUGUCGGUGAUGUCAUCCAGGCCACGCCGGGACACGACGAGAUUGUGUCUUACGACACGACCGUCGAGCUGGCCGAGAAGGUCGGUGACGAGUGGCGGGUGGUCCUGCGCAAGCCGGACGCACACGGAGGAGAUCGCUGGUGGGACGAGACGUUUGAUGCUGUGGUUGUCGCCAGUGGCCACUAUAAUGUGCCGUACGUCCCUGAGAUCGAGGGGCUGGAGGAGAUGCAGCGGGCCAUGCCGGGGAGCGUUUUGCACAGCAAAUACUUCCGGGGUAGGGACCAGUUCAUAGACAAGCGAGUUGUGGUUGUAGGGGCAUCUGUCUCGGCAGCAGACAUUGCGUUUGACAUGGUCAAAGUUGCAAAAUCCCCCGUGCACGCCGUCGUUCUGGGCCACACCGCCAACGCAUACUUUGGCGACGAGGCGUUCCGCCAUCCAAAGAUACAGAUGCAGCCUUCGAUAGCCAGAGUCGAAGUCCCGCAUGACAGUCAGGGGGCCACCGUGUACUUUGUCGACGGCAUGUCGGUCAGCGGGGUCGAUUAUUUGAUAUUCGGCACGGGGUACAGUUGGACGCUGCCAUUCCUCCCGCAGAUCCAACCAAGAAAGAACCGCAUACCGGGUUUGUAUCACCACGUGGUUUGGCAACAGGACCCGACUCUGCUGUUCGUCGGGGCGGUCGGAGCAGGCUUGACGUUUAAGAUAUUCGAGUGGCAGGCCGUCCUGGCGGCGCGGAUCCUGGCCGGCAGGACCUCAAGGCCGCUGCCGUCACUCGCCGAGAUGCAGAGGUGGGAAGCCGACCGCAUCGAGGAAACUGGCGACGGGCCCAAGUUCACAGUCAUCCAUCCGCGCUUUGAAGAGUACUUUGAGACCUUGAGAGAACUGGCUGGAGACGGCGAGCCGGGGCUGGGUAGGACGCUACCAAAGUUCGACUCCAAGUGGCUCGGUGCAUUUAUGGACGGACAUGAGCUGAGGAAAGGGAUGUGGAAGCGAAUCAAUGACCAGGCUAGAGCCGAAAGCAGACCGAUACCGCGUCUGUAA